UUGACUUCAGUUUGAGGUUUGAGCCUGUCGACGACUCGGUUAACAGCAAAGUCAUAAGAUUACAUAAGCUUCUCUGUUUUAUCGUAAUUAUGACUGAUCUACAUCCGAGUGAAAGCCUGCCAGAGGGUGGAGCGGAACGUUAUUCCAAGAAGUUUUGUGACGUCAUACAAGGAAACACUGUAUCAUCGUCAUCACAACUGUUGGAUCGUCGUGGCUUCGUUAAGCGUAUUUGCUCGACGAAGAAAACUCGUACAACUUUAAACGUCUACUUGGAAAAGGUUAUCCGCAAUGCUGUCACGCAUGCCAAACGCUCUAAAAGAAAAAAUGUCACUGCAAUGGAUGUCGUUCAUGCUUUGAAGCGACAAUUGCAUACAUCUCGUGAGUUGAGUGACUAAUUUCAAGUAUCCUUCGAUGGAUGAAGCUACGUAACAACGUACCCAAAACAAAACGGCCAUUUUCAGGGCCCAAAAUAUUUUCGACGGUCAACUCGACAAAUCUAUUUAGUUUUUAAUAAAUUUAAAAUGAAAUUUAAUUUAUGUAUUAUAAUUGAGAUACGAUCGAUUUUAUUUUCUUCCAUCGUAUACUUGAUGCACAAAUUCGGUGAAUACAGUUGAAAUUAUACUGAAACAGUUCUCCGACUGCGCACGGUACAUUUUACAUGGUUGAAAUAUCUUGUGAUAAUAAUCACUAGAGAUGCGCAAAAAUCACCAAAUUUUUCAUUUUUUCCGUAGUUUUUGUCCAGCCCGAAGGCCUAGUUAUCAGUUGUAUUAAAUGGUCUUCACGAACUGUAAUGCCAAUCUUGAAAUGAUGCACGCGUUGAAAGUGACGCGGCGUUCCACGCAGCGUAAAAACAUUAGUUCGAACGCUUCCAUAGACUCAAUCAUGGUAAAAAUUUCGGACGACUCGCAGAACAAAUUCCGAAAAAUCUAGACACGCGUGCAAGAUCCUUAACGUGUUUUCCAGCGUUUAGAGAAACAACGAGCUUAAAAGAAUGAAGCCCGUGGCAUGCAAGGCUAUUUUUCGAGGUACAAAGCGUGUGUGCGCUUUGCGAGAAUACUUCGCGCAUGCUUUUCACCACGAAAAAUAAGAUCGCGUGUAGCACAGGCGCAACUUACCAAUAUGAGAAUCACUAGGGGAUUGAAAUAACAUUUUUCAACAUUUUCGUUCAUCAGAACUAAUUUGCACGAGUUAGGGCGGGUUGUUCCAACUUCUAGGUAGCUUAUCUGGCGAGUAAAAGCAUUGACUUGUAGACCUUUAACUGUCAGAUAGGCUUACCUAGAAAUUGAAACAACCCGCCCUUAAUCUCGAUGGAGGGAAAUGAUAAUUUUAUCCUACGGUGUCUAAAACAAAUUUUACCAAAAGUUUAGAUAUUCAUGAUAUUUUUUCAUGGCCAACCGGUUUUUAGCAGAAUGUGGGAAAACUAUUCAUUCAAAAGGGCAAGUCAUCAAUAGAACUGUGAGAUCUUAAAAUAGUUAUUUUUACAUAAAUACUUUCGCUUUGCCUUGAGUAGUCAUCGAGCUCACAUGACCAACUCGAAAUCGAUGGUGGCGCCUCCCGUAGUAAAGUUGGUAAAGUAUAUUUAUAUGUAAAUAUGGUCGUUGUCACAUGUCAGACGCCUCGUGUGUAUUUUACCGGAUUUCUCCGUGACUUUUUAUUGAAAUCGUGGCCAAUAAAUUUCGUAAUGAGUAGUGAAGUGGUGGGAUUCGGCUCUGGUCGCUUCGGUUGUGACGAACGUGUGUACAAUUUGUGAUAAAAUAAUCUUUGUAAUUAGCAUAAAAGGUGUGAUGGCGUACGCAAACUGCUCCGUAUUUUCAUUAAUUCAUUGCAUUGGUUAGAAAAAUCUGCUGUCCGAAUACGGAUCACAGCCGGAAUCGACUAAUUAAAUUACAUUUUUUGAUAUUUUCUAUAUUCGUUACGAAAUCUAGUGUAGAAACGGAUUUUAGUUCGAUUUUCGGACACUUGGCGCUGCGUAUGCUAUCGUAGCGACACAUGGCAGCAGCAGUUAGCAGGAAAAGAAAAAUAAUCCGAUGUGGCGAAGCCGGUAGAAUUGACGACAACCAAUUUCCGGUGAUGUCUCUGCUGUGAACAUAGUCGGAGAUCAUCGUAUUUCAAUCGACGCUAGCGCCAUCAGACAAAAAAGAUCCGUUCUUUGUUGGCGGUGACACAUUUUGUCGUUGGGUCUGUCUUUAUGCUCCUUUAUUCGUUCUCGAGGAACCUUUCAUGGCAGAGAAAAGGGCCGCUUCAGCAGCGUCAUCAGCUUCAGAUUCGUCAUCCUUGCCUGAACUUUAUAAUCCGUCUAAAAAGGUGACAUCUUCAAAAGUAAUGAAACGGAAAGAAAAAUCGAGUCAUCCCAGCACCGCUGAUAUGGUGACCGAAGCGAUAGUUCAGCUCGCCGAUCGCGGGGGCUCGUCACUCCUGGCGAUUAAAAAAUACAUCGCGAACGCUUUCAACCUCGAUGUGGACAAACAAUCUACCUACAUCAAGAGAUAUUUGAAAUCUGCCGUGGCUAAGGGAUCUUUGGUGCAGACUACGGGAAGAGGAGCCAAUGGAUCUUUCAAGUUGCCGUCCGCCAAGCACAAAGCGGCGUUGACCAAAUCACCGUUCACAGUAAACGACGAAGCAUCUGCGAAAAAAUCUGUUACAUCGAUGAAAAAGAAAUCGGUGAAAGCAUCGGCGAAGAAGCAGACUAAGAAAACCGGAAAAACAAUCUCGUCGACUGAUACGUCCAAGGAAAAUUCUAGUCCAACUUUUACCCCGACAGAGCCGAAAAGUCCGUCGAAAACGAAAAAAAAUGUGAAAUCUCCUACGAGCAAGCCUAAAGUACCGAAGCCAAAGAAAGCAACGGGAGCUAAAUCCAUGAACGUCGUAACCUCGAAAAAAACUGCUGUGAAAAAGUGAGCGAGUAACAUAAAGCCAAACGGCCCUUAUCAGGGCCAACCAAUCAUUUGACGUAGAAAUAUUCGUUCUAAAAUGUUAUUAUGAAGUGAUAAGCACUCUCGCUAGAAUAAGGAAACUCGGAAACCGUGGAAAACGGUCGUCAGUAAAACGCGCAGUUUUGUUACUUCAAUAUAUCGAAAAUAUUCUAGUACCACGGCGGCCGUAUUUUCUGAAAAUGGUAGAAAUUAAAUGAAUUUUUGAACUUUACGAUGUAAGUGACUCGCGACUCAAUAAAUAACGGAAUAUUUGGGGAAAAAAGUGGGAGGAGUUUCUUUACUUCGGGCAUCAUCCCUACUUCGGUUCCUUCUACGAAUGAGGAAACAGCACGCCCUCUGACGGACGGUGGGUAUAAAAUCGAGUCUCUACACGUUUAGUGCCAGUUCUUACGUAAUCUCUCGUCAAAAUGGUACGAUCAAAGCAGCAGGUAGCAAAAAAAUCUGUUACUCGUGACGCCGCUUUCCGAGUACGGAAGGUUAAAGAAAUUAGCCCAGUUCGCAAAAAAACUGUUUAUAUCCACACUUACGCUCUUCGCGAUAUUCGACGACUGCAAAAAAGUGUCAACAACCUCAUCCCUCGUGCAUCUUUUCAACGACUUGUCAGAGAAAUUUGUCAAGAUUUUGCGCUUGAUCUGAAAUUUCAGUCAUCGGCAUUGGAAGCCAUUCAAGAAGCUUGUGAAGCUUACCUGACUAGUCUCUUCGAAGAUACUAAUUUAUGUGCCAUACACGCUAAGAGAGUGACAAUCAUGCCGAAAGACGUACAAUUAGCACGUCGUAUAAGAGGUGAACAUUCGUAGGGAAUUACAAGAAAAAAACGGUCCUUUUAAGGACCAAAACCGAAACGUGGUAAUGACUGAACAAUUCUAUCCCCGCAUGUGUUCGUGACAUCUUACGAAAUCUACCAUCAUUCGUAUAAACUGUUCUUAAGUGACGACAGAUUUAUAGGUUAAACAUGCAAUUUCUGUUGCAAAUCUAUAAAAUCUCUGUGAAAUUCCCCAAGAUACCGAAUAGGCUGUCGCGUAAACGUGAAACAGGUUCCAACAAGUUUACUUUUUCUGGAACAAAGGAAAACCGAACGCACGUCAUCACUCGCUGGGAAGAAAGAACCGACGCCAUGUUUUUUAUUUUCGUUCAUUAGAGGUUACGUUGAGAGGGCAUGAUGGGUAGUGUGUUAUAUUUUUCGGGCAAAUAAAUAUUGUGAAUAAAUAAUUGUAAUCGAUGAUCCAUCAA